AUGCCUCCAAAGAUCAGCCUCAGAAAUUUCCUUCGCAAAGAUAUCCUUCGCAGCAGAUUUUCAACUGCUCCACUUGAAAGAAGUACCCGAUCUUACUCAAAGAUAACUUCAAGUGCGACUACAAAAGCACCACUCGAAGAACCUCAUAAGUUUGACCCUCUCAUGGAGGAAAUUACCACUGAAAACGAAAAUGAAUGUCCCAACUCUGAGACAGACACCCUAUUUGGAGAGCCAAUAGUCGAGGAGAAGACCGUGGAGGAGGAGCGCCAAGAAAAAUUGCGACGAUUGCUCUCGCAAGGUGUUCAACGCAAGAAUGUGGCACAAAAUACCGAACAUGCAGAGAUCCCCGCCUUGGAGGAGACGAGGAAGGAGCUGGAGGAACUCGUGAGACGAGAGGACGAGGCUACCGCGGAUGAGAAAUUGGCCAUGCGAAACCAAAAGAGAGCUCUCGUUCGAAGAAUAUCGGCUCUUGAAGCUGAGGAGAAAAAUAGAAAAGUGAAGCGACUAAAAUUGACUAUGGACGAAACUUUAAAGAACUUGUGGGCUCUCGGACACGAAGAUGCGAGAAAGCUGAAGAUCAAGGCAGAGAAAAUAUCCAAGGCAGUUGCAGGGCCUGAAUUUCGCCAGAGAAGUACCCUGAAGCGCAAUCGACAGCACACUGACAACGAUCUGGACGGCGAGGAAAGAUUGCGGAUUGGAAAAACUUACAAACGCCCUGCUACAAAGACUACAGGGCAUUGGGGUACAACGCUACACGAUUAUUUCCCGGAUGUUGGAGGCAAGGGAACCAACAACAUCCGAGAUGCCUUGACCCCUGAGCAGAAGUUGGGGAAUCGUAGGGAGUUAGUAGAGCUUGGAGAGGCACUGGCCAAAGCUGAGCGGAAGAAAAAGUUAUUAUGGCACUAG